AUGUUUUGCGAACUGUGAGUUUAUUAUCAUUUUUUUCGAUUUACUCUUCAAAAUUUUUCAGAAAAUCUCACAAAAGUUCAAGAAUGCGGCAGAAAAAAAUGGAAGGAAGUAAAAUGUUGAGUUUGAAAGAUCGAGAUGAACUUGUUCGAUUGUUAUUCACAUCUUCCCCAGAAAUGGUCGAAUUAUAUGAAUCUCCACAAAAACUGAUCCAAGAUUUGUAUUCCAUUCAAAAAUUGGCAAAUAAUUCUCAAUUUGUUGGUUUGGAAGAUGAAUUGAAUUAUUUAAGCGAAGUUAUUGUUUUCAAAGACCGAACUAAUACAAGCUUUCUGUCAAUUUUUCAAUUAUACAUCAGAUUUUGCCGUGAAACUUUUGCAAAACACGAUGAAUUGAUUCUUCAAUUAAUGGGUGAAUCGAUGGGAAACAAAAUGUAUCGAGAAUUGAAAGGAAAGUCUUUUGAAUUACUGUCAGAACAAUCUUAUUUGGAGCAUGUCAACACUUAUUGUAAUUCAUCGAAGCGUGAAUAUGUCAGUUUUUUUGCUAGUUAAAAAAAGUUUUUCUUCAUAAUUUCAGCCGAAAAAGUUACCAGCAGUGUUCAAGAAAACGUCUCUCAAUUUCGAAGAUAUCUACACUCUUCUCUCCCAAUUUUUUGAUAAGCAGUUUGAUGGAAAAUUGUUGGAGAAGCUCAAAAUUGAACUAAAAUCAAAAAAUCAAGUCAGUUUUCAGUUUAGUGUUUGGUUAUUUAUUAUGUUUUUUCAGGUACUUCCAAUUUCUAAAAAUCGAAUGUUUUAUCAAGAACUCUAUCUGCUUCAUUACUCGUGGCAAAAGAUUAUUGAAAUUGCGUUGAAUCAUGACAAAUUGUUGAAAACAGAAAGUCUCAAUCCAUUUGUUCGUUUUUUCAAAGAAGGGCCAAAUAUGAGAUUCUGUUUUGCGAUCGAAUUAGAAAAUGCAUUGAAAAUUGCAUGUAAUGCACCCCUGCCGAAAGGAAUAUUGAAUAUUGAAACAACAGAAGAUCGAAAAAAUGGAAUAUUGAAAACUGUAAAAUGGGAGAAAUUCAAAAAUAUUUUGGAAACUCUCGAACUGACACUCGAUGAUAUCCACGUAAUCAAUCAAAAAUUCCAAACAACCAAUCGAGGAACUUGUGUUCCAAUUGAUUCGCCAUAUGGAACUUAUUGUAAAUUGGCAAAACACUCAUUUUUCGAUGUUUUUGAUCAAAUCUCAUCAGGAAUGCAUUUAUUCAGAAAUGAUAACGACAAAAUUCUCGCAAUUGUAUCGAAAUGGUUCAAAAAACUGGAGAAAAAUGUUUUCAUUUCGUCAGAAGUGAGUUGCUCGCGUAGUUUUUUUUAAAUAACAUUAAAUUCAGAGUGAAGUUUACUUCAUUGAAACUUGGAAAAUUGAGCAGCUCAUUAAUCAAGCCUACGUAGAUCUUGAAAAAUAUGGAAAAGAGCCCAUCUAUCAAAUUCAACGCCAAAAAACUUACACAAAAAAUGAAGUUCUUAAAGAACUCUUCAAAUUAUCUCCAACACUCAGAAUUCAAGCUGCUUCCAAUGAUUUAUCUGGUAAUAAUAACAAAUUCAAUUCGAGAGACAUUAUGAGACUUUUCGAAAAAGGCGUUCUUGAAUAUUUUAUUCAAUCAAACAAAAAGGUAAGAAAACUUCAUUUUAAAACUCACAAUCAGCAUGAAUUAUUUUCAGUAUUCAUCAUUUUUGAACAAUCAAGAAGGAAAAAACGAUUAUAUUUCCAAUUUAUUCGCAACAGACAAGGAAUUGAUUGAAAUAAUCAACGCAAAAUGCGGAAAUUCAAAAAUUUACGAAGUUUUGAAAAAACGUUUGGAGUAAGUUUCAAAAAUAUCUUAGUGGAGUCUGAGAUAAAAAUCAAUUUAUUUGAAUCAAUUUCAAAUCAAAAGUUUGUCUCCUGGUUGAAAAAAAAACCAUUAACAAUUUCUCAUAAAAAUCGUAAUUGGCAGAAAAACACAAAAACACUCUAAACUACUGGACAUGUGGACUUUCAAACCAUUUUACACGGUGUUUCACUGUUUUUUCGAACUCUUAAAUUUUUAAACUAAUGUUUAAGAACCUUCCAGAAAAAAUCUUUCGAAGAUUCUACUAAUUAGAACAUGCUCUUACAAAUAAGCAUUACUUUUUUUGCUCAGACUCCACCUUUAAUGACUUCAAUAAAUGUUUUUCAGUGGCGCAGGCGAUUUCGAAAAAACAAAAUUGUUGGAUUAUAUGGAAAAAUUGAAAUUGGAUUUGGAAAAUUAA